AUGGGAAGCUUCGCUAGGAACAUCUACCGCCUACCCUCGCCUAGAUCAAUUGAAGACGUUCCUCACCACAAGGCCACAGCCAUAGCAGAAAUUCGAACAGUCAACAUGACAGUGGACUCCACCGUCCACGUUCAUGGAAUUGGGGGAGCUCAGUUAACUAGAACCCAAGGAGUUGUGACAGUAACUCUUCAAUCUAUCAAUUCUAAUUCCAUUGUCAUAAUACAGGCUCACAUUCUAAAAACAUUAACCUCAAUUAUUCCUUCUGCUGACCCUGCAUCGCAUGACUGGUCACAUCUACAGGGUCUACCAUUAGUCGAUCCACAAUAUUUUAAACCUCGCACAAUAGACAUCAUUCUGGGAUCUGACACAUAUGGACAAAUAAUUAAACCUCGAGUCAUCACUGACUCUCCGCAUGUAUCAAUGGCUCAGUUAUCCAUUUUUAGAUGGCUUGUUCUGGGACCAGCAACUUCCAAGCAAAUUUCAAUAGUAACAGCAUUUCAUGUUUCCUGGCAUGACGAGGAAGAAAAAAUCCACGAACUCUUCUUAAAAUUUUGGGUUCUGGAAGAAGUGCAUUCAGGCGAUAACAUCAAACGUACACCAGAAGAACAACAAUGUGAGGAAUAUUUCAAGAAUACCCAUUCACGAGAUUUAAAGGGGAGAUACAUAGUGCGAAUUCCGCUUACAUCUCCCAGUGACAAACUUGGGUCCACAUACAAUACUGCACGCCGUUUCUUACAGAGUCUACUUAACAAAUUCGUAAAAUCAGAAGAAUAUCGAAUGCACCAGUUCAUGAUAGAAUAUAAAAAUCUUGGUCACAUGAAACUAGCUCCUACAUCUUCCAGUCAUCAAACACGAUAUUAUCUGCCCCAUCACGGUGUGCUCAAACCAGAUAACACCACCACCAAAUUAAGAAUAGUAUUCAAUGGUUCCUGCAAGUCGACAUCAGGACUUUCUCUCAAUGAUAUUAUGUAUACUGGACCUAACCUAAAUCCAGACAUUUCAGACGCCUUAAUUUGGAUCAGAAGACAACGUUAUCUGUUUGCCACCGACAUCAGGAAAAUUUACAGACAAAUAAGAGUACAUGAAGAUGACUGGGAUCUACAGAGAAGUCUGUGGAUUAAUGAGAACAAUGAAGAAGUCUCCUAUCACUUGACAACUGCUACUUAUGGAAAACGAGCUGCACCCUUCCUGGCAGUGAGAACACUACUGCAAUUGGUGGAAGAUGAAGGAGAAAAAUACCCUCUAGCUGUGCCUUCCAUCAUUCAUGGAAGAUACGUUGACGACAUAUUUGGGAGUGCGGACACCCCAGGAUAG